CUCCUGCGAGCUUGCAGCGCCGCUACAUAAGCCGCGCUCGCCGCCGGCGCAUCGGAGUGGCGAGAGCGCGAGGACCCGAAGCCCGGAGGAGAGAGAGAAAGGAAAAGAGGCUGGGGCGCCGAGCGGAGCCCGGGAAGCAGCAGCAGCAGCAGCAGCGGGCGCGCUCCGGAGCUUGGCGGGGAAGGCGGCGCGCCAGCCUGGAGGAGAAGAAGCCGAGGGCGCGGCCGUAGAGGAAGGACUCGCUCCGGGCCGGCCAUGGCCUUGGCGGACAGCGCGCGGGGGCUCCCCAACGGCGGCGGCGGCGGAGGCAGCAGCGCCUUGCGCAGCGCGCCGCGCCCCGCGCAGCCCGAGGCGGCGGCGGCGUCGUCGGUGGGCGGCGGCGAGGGCUUCCCGGAGAUCGUGGAGCUGAACGUGGGCGGGCAGGUGUACGUGACCCGGCGCGGCACGGUGCUGUCGGUGCGCGGCUCUCUGCUGUGGCGCAUGUUCUCGGAGCAGGCGGCGUCCGAGCUGCCGCGCGACUCCAAGGGCCGCUUCUUCUUGGACCGCGACGGCUUCCUCUUCCGCUACAUCCUGGAUUACCUGCGCGACCAGGAGCUGGUGCUGCCCGAGCGCUUCCCCGAGCGCAGCCGCCUGCAGAGGGAGGCCGAGUACUUCCAGCUGCCCGAGCUGGCGCGCCGUCUGGCGGCCGCCGGCCUCCCCUCCGCCGCCGCGCGCUUCUCGGGGCUCUUGCGCGACGCCUCCGUGUGCGCCGACGAGCCGCCGCCGGGCCUGGGCUACCUGGAGGCCGAGCUCCCCGAGGGCGGCGGCGGCGGGGCUCUGUCGGCCUCGCCCACGUCCAGCCGCAGCCCGUCGGGCGGGCCUCUGCUGGCGCCGUCGCUCUCGCUGGACGCCGGCGGGGCGGCGUCGGGGCGGCGCUCGGGCUACAUCACCAUCGGCUACCGCGGCUCCUACACCAUCGGGCGGGACGCGCAGGCCGACGCCAAGUUCCGCCGCGUGGCGCGCAUCACGGUGUGCGGCAAGACGGCGCUGGCCAAGGAGGUCUUCGGCGAGACGCUCAACGAGAGCCGCGACCCCGACCGGCCCCCGGAGCGCUACACGGCCCGCUACUACCUCAAGUUCAACUUCCUGGAGCAGGCCUUCGACCGGCUCAGCGAGGCCGGCUUCCGCAUGGCCGCCUGCUCCUCCACCGGCACCUGCGCCUUCGCCCCCGAGCAGGGCGGCCCCGCCGACGACAAGAUCUGGACCAGCUACACCGAGUAUGUCUUCUGCAGGGAGUGAGGGGACCGAGAUGCACAAGCGCAGCCUGGGCUGGCCACCAGCUCCACCACACCCCAGAUUUUUUCUUUUUUCCAGGCACAUUCCUUUCCCUAACCUAGGAUGACCGGGGCCUGACCUUGCAGAAAGAAACCUGCCUAGGCUCGACACAUUUUUGGCUUGCGUGGGAGCUGCGCCUUGCAAAACUGUAGGAGAGUUUGGAAGGGGCUGUGCUGGGAGAGACAAAAGUGCCCCACCUGAAUGCCUGUCCAGCAUCCCAGAUGGAGCCUUCACCUAAGCAAUAGGGUGGCAGCCUGAAGGCUCUUCCACCUUUUAGAACUGCACAGAUUGAAAACCUCCCCAUUGUGGUGUCUCCUCUUCUGUGUUGUUCUUAAAGGUGCAGAGAACUUCCUUCCCUUCCGCACGCUGAGUUCCCGGCCCCUUGUUUACAUUUCUAUGCACUUGCCCUGUGGUCAUCCCUUCAUAACUUUGUGACACCUCAUGCACCCCUCACUUGUACCUUGGAAGAACACCAUCUCCACCUAGGUUCCUUAUAUAGACAGUCACUCAGCCCCUCGCCCAUGAGGAACGCCUCUUGUUUUGUACAAGUUGGAUCACUUCCUUCUACCCCUUGCACUUAACAUGGGUCCAGAGCACUUCCAUGGGCCUUUGCCAUGUAAUGUGCUGCCAUUGCCCAACCCUUUUAUAUAAUCGCUGCCCACCUCAAAUGCCAGCUGUGCAGAAUUCACUGUCCCAGAAUCAAUCCACUAUGUGAUCUGUUCAUAUUGCUAGAGGUAAAACACAAAUCUCGACACACGUACCUGUGUCCCCUUUUUAACAUGCAUGCUUCCAAAGAUGUCUGUCUUGUUCACCCCAGAACAUACGUGCUGUAUAUUUUAUUCCUGCAUCUCCCCUCCCCUCCCCCAUCCAGAGAAUGGGUGGGCAUCAAAUUCUACUUCAAUGAUGUAAAGGACCCCUUUGCAUCGUUCUGAGUCUGCUUCCACCAGUCUCCCAUUUUCCUGCCUUUUGCUUCUUUCUGCAUCAUGGUGAAGGAACUGCUAUGUGGCCAGUCCAUCUUUCCUGCUUCCCAGAAAGUGUUGCCUUCUUGCCCUGGGAUGGGAAGAGGAAUCUGAAAGAGAGAGAGAGAGAACAUUUUGCACUUCCCAGCCAUGUUGGUGGUGAAGCAGAGAGAACCUUUCCUGAUCAUUAUUUUCCCAGUGUUGCCUAUCUCCUAAAUUGGAUGAAGUCAGUGGAAUGGAACAGCUAUUUCUGACAGGUUAGAUUUUGUGGCUGCUUCUAUUCCCCAACCCCUACCCUGUUUGGGGGGCGAAAUACUAGACAACGCAAUCAGGGACCUCCUUGUACCAUUUUAUUCCCUUUGCCUUCUCUGCCGCUUUCCAAAGUCUCUUUCUUCUUCAGCUCUUUGGAACUGCGUUACAAUGGGGAUGGGUCAGAAGAGCCAGUGCCAAAAGGGGCCGUCAUCAAAGUGGCGACUUCUGGAUUUUUACACCACUUGAACAGUCGGAACUUCCCUUCCAGGAGCAAAUCUCUUUGAUGGCAUGAAGCAAUGUCAGUUCUUUGAAAACUGAGUGUGUUUGCAAAAUGUAAUUCUGACACAGUGGACAAUAGCAAGGAAGAGUCUUUGAUGAAAAUUCCUGUAUUAUCACUCUUUAUGUAUGUGUGUGUGUGUGUAUUAUAUAUAAAAACCCCAUUGCACAUUGUUUAAAUGUUCUGAAAGUAGUCUACCAGACUGGCUAAGGGUGGAGGUGUGUCAGGUCCUGGGCUUUGAGCAGCAUCACAGAUUGUCAGAUGUGCUAAGCAUUUUUGGAACUCUCUGGGCAAUAGCCAAGUCAUACUAAGAGGGUUAGGCCCUCAGUAUGACUUGGCUGGGUAGCACUCUAUAUGUAUUCUUGUUUGAUGUCUUCAAGGCUCAGUUUAAUGCUUCUUUGAAGUGUCCAUUGGUGCCCUUUCCUUCCCUGGGCAAAAGAGUGGCAUUUCUACAUUUGUUAAGACAUGCUGCUGAGUAAAAGUUAUGGGCAUUCUGAGUGGGAUGCGGUCUUUCUCUCCAAAUACCCAAGGGCAAAUUUGGCUCUGUUUUCAUUGUUUUCUACUGGGAGGGAGUUUGCACCUACAACAAUGCAGAAACAUUAAGUCCACGUAUGUAGGAAUUUUGGCUGGUGUCUUAUCUAUAGGGAAGGACCACCAUGGUGAUGUAUAAGCACAAGUUUUUACUCUGAAUGAAAGCUCUGAUUCCCCCCCCCCCGCAUUAAACAGAUCUAUACAUAAAUGCACAUUGCUCGACUUAAAAGUACUGUCCAUUUACAUUUGCGACCUAAUGGGUGCUUUUUAUGCGAUCCAGUCAUUUGGCCAUUCCUCAAGCGGUGCACACUGAAACUUGACAAUUUACUUAGACAGAAUUAGUUACAAACAGUGGCUUGAUGCUUGGAUACAGAGUUAUGGGCACUCUAGUCUUAACCAAAGAAUAUUUCUAUUAAGCUUCCUCCCCCUCACUCCAAAGCUGUCAUUUCAAAGAGUGGAAUUUCCUUAUUUGAGUAAAAUAUUAUUUUAGGAUCAAGUGUUGGCCUGUUAGAAUUGUUGAGAGAGAGAGAGGCUUUCUUUCUUUCCUUCUUUUUAGCUAAAUGUCUAGCUGCAGCUUAAACCAUUCAUUUUGAAAUUCUUCUGGGGCUUUAUAAAUAUCAAUCAACAGUCCAGAUUUCAAACAUCUCCCAUCCACAGAAAUGUUUUCCUUUUUUCUCUGGGAGAUGGUUUUAAAACGAUGUAUUUUUUCAAAGAAAGCAAGAAAAAGAAAGGGAGAGAGAGCAUUUUUAAAUAAGGACAAGCAAUAAGAGAGCAUUGGGAAGCCAGAGUGCCACAGAAGAGAGAGUGCCCUGGUUGUCCUUAUGCCUUAUUAUAAAAUAAUUCCAUUGUCAUAUUUUCGCUAAGUGAGAGGUUAUUGAUUGCAAUUAAGUAUUUAAAAUGUCAUUCUCGAGAGCUGAUUACAGUCUUUUUCUAGUUUGUGUUGAGUAAUUCUCUCUGAAGUAUGUUUUCUAAAAUUUUGUAUACAAUCCAGUUUUCAGUAAGUCCUGAAAUGAGCUCUUAGCUAGUUUUCUUUUCUUUUUUCUGUUUAAAAAAUAAAUCUUGUACUGUAGCUUACUAAGUCUAUCAUAAGAGUUAUGAAUGGAGGUGGUUUUUAAUUGAACUUGUGACUUAGUGUGUAUAUAAAGUGUAUAAACAUUUUACACGAAUCAUUUAGUUUUUUAUUCAUUUACUAGUGCUAUACAGAUUUUCAUAUGCUGUACCUGGACAGAGUACUUUCAUAUUAAGCUGUGUUUCUGCACCUAUUUAUAUGGGGGGAGACUUGUGUACAAACAUCAGCAAAAUGAUAGAAGUAUGUUUGUCGACACUUAUUUGCUUGAAUGUGAAUUAACAGCGAAACUUCCUGUUGGCUAAAACGCAUCCCUCUAAUGAAAACUUGUAUUUUGAUUAGUGAAUGUUUAUUUGCUAGCAGACUACCCUAAAGCUCCUAUUAUUUUUAAAACCAGAAUGGGUAUAAUAAAAAGAACUAACUAGUAA